UACCAGGCCAAGCCCCUAUAAAUGGUACUGAAGGAGUACAAGGUUUUGAGUGAAAGGCUAAAUCAUGGCUUGUCGCAUCUCCCCCUUCCUUACAUGCAUACUCUAUAGUUUCUCUGCUUUUCUAUGCCUUUAUGCCCAUGAAGUUAGAAAAUCUACAGAAAGCUACCACCUUCAUCAUACUCAUACUGUUCAAGUCAGCUCUCUAUUACCAUCAACUACUUGCAGUGCUUCUACCAAAGGUCCAAACAGGGAGGCCUCCUUAACGGUGAAACACAAAUAUGGCCCAUGCUUUCAAAGCAACAAAGACCAAUUACAAGUUCUUAAUCACACUGAAAUCCUCCUUCAAGACCAAUCCAGGGUGAACUCAAUCCAUUCCAUGUUUUCUAAGAACUCAGAUGGCAACAAAUUAGAAGAAUCUCAGGCCACCACCCUUCCAGCUAACUCUGGUCUCACCAUCGGCACGGGUAACUACAUUGUCACCGUGGGCCUUGGCACUCCCAAAACAGAUCAAACACUUGCAUUUGACACUGGUAGUGACCUCACUUGGGCACAGUGUGAACCAUGCGCAAAACAGUGCUAUAACCAAAAAGACCCAAUCUUUGAUCCAUCGAAAUCUACAUCCUACACCAACAUUUCAUGUCCUACACCCUUGUGCUCCCAACUCACUUCUGCCACAGGAAGCCCACAGCAAUGCUCCGACCCAAAGUGCUCAUACCGUGUACGCUAUGGGGAUGGUUCAUUUACAAUUGGAUACUUCAGCAAAGAAAGGCUAACCAUAACAUCAGACGUGGUGGACAAUUUUAUAUUCGGUUGUGGCCAAGACAAUGAAGGCCUCUUCGAAGACAUUGCCGGGUUGCUAGGUCUCGGCCGCGGGCAAGUUUCUCUUGUGCAACAAGCAGCUCAAAAGUACAGUCAGUUUUUCUCUUAUUGUCUACCAUCCACAACUAGCUCAACGGGAUACCUUACUUUGGGAAAAGGAAAUGAAGUCUCGAGUUCCCUGAAGUUCACACCUAUGUUAACACUUUCUCAAGGGCCAUCAUUCUACGGCCUCAACUUGAUUGGAAUAAGUGUGGGUGGACAAAGGUUAUCGAUUCCCACAUCGGUUUUUUCGACCGUGGGUACUAUCAUUGACUCUGGGACGGUCAUUACACGUUUGCCACCUACAGCCUAUGAUGCAUUACGAACGAAAUUUCGUGACAUGAUGCGUAAUUAUCAAAUGACAAGCGCAAGUUCUCCAUUCGAUACAUGCUAUGACCUUAGCAAGAGCCAGUCUGUUUCAGUUCCAAGCAUAAGCUUUUUUUUCGAUGGUGAUGUGAGCGUGGAUUUGGACAAAGUGGGAAUACUUGUCAUGUUGAGCCAAACGGAAGCUUGUUUGGCCUUUGCUGGAAAUAGUAAUCCAAGCAACAUUGCCAUUUUCGGGAAUGAACAACAGAAAGGAUUAGAGGUGGUAUAUGAUGUUGUUGGAGGGAGGAUUGGGUUUCGUCCUGGUGGUUGUAGCUAAUGGAGUGAUAGUAAUAUAAUAAAGUGAGCGAGUAACAGAUCUACGUAAAAUCCUUUUCAGGAUUAGUGAUUU